ACGGGAAGUUACACACGGCGGUGUGAAAGUUUACUCCAAGAAUCGUCAAUGAAUUCUAAAAACAGAUGGAUUAACUAAGCAAUUUAAGGGAUUUUUACUUAUGGGUGAUACGAAAUGAAUCUUAGAGACACAUUCUGUGGAGCUGGGAGGCUUUCCAGUAUGAACUGGUCGAGCUGCCUUCAAAAUCAUUCCUGAAAUGGCCAGCCUUGGAGCGUUAGUUGGUGGGCCCCUGGGAGAGGAAGAUGUAGAAGAGUUACGCUCCGAGCGUUCCAUACGAGGACUCAAGGUCAAUAUUAAAAGUUUUCCUAGAAACCUGUAUGAUAUAGGUCUUUGUUAUGUGGUAAGUACUAACGGUUUGGCAAAUAUUGCUUUCUUACGACAGUCGCAAGAAGAAAUCGAGAGACUCACAGUUGACGAGAACCUAGAUGACAUCGAGCGGGCAGUGUUACUAUUGAGGUGAGUCAAACUGAAUGGAAAAAAACCUCAAAUAAUUAUGUUUUAAUAUACAGUAAUCCUGGUAAUUAAAUUUCUCUGGAAAUGCCAGAGCUUUUGUUAGAUACAUACCCUUUGGUAAGAUUGUUUAAAUAAUUAUGAUAGACGGCGGAAAUUUAAUUGGUGUAGAUUUCUUGUUUGUAUAUUUCCGUCACGACCAUUUAUUGUGACUCAUGGAGUAACUUUUUUUAAUACUUUGUUUGAUUUUAUUAACUUCAUCAGUAUUAUACUUCUUUUUCAGAAGUUGCUUCUCGUAUUUAUUCAAGAUUUAUAUACUCAUAACGUUUUGAAAAUCUAAACGUUGCCUCAUAAAGCCUUCGUUAAUCGCUUUUGUAUCACCGUCUCAUUUUUUCCCGUUUUACAACCUUUUUGACUGAACCGUUAAGUUCACUACGAAUUAAUUAACUUGGUAUGUAAGUGUAAAUUUGUAGAGUUUCUGAAAUUGUUUGGCGUCUGACUAUGUCUGUUGUGAAGUAGUAUUUGCUUAAUACAAACAAUGUGGAGAUUAGUGACUUUGAAGAGGCCCAGGUUAAAAUUCAACUGAGCAACUCACAUGCAAAAGAAAUCGACUGUGUUUCUGCUCUCUGCAUUUUGAAAUCGGUAUGAUAUUUAAAUAUAUUUUGGGUUGUUUUGAAGAGAGAUAGGAUGCAGUUGUUGUGUUGUAGAACUUCCUUUAUGCAUAUAAUUAAAGAACUUGGCUUGUCUUAUUAAAAGGCUUUAGGCAGGAGGCAGGGGAAGUUUAGCUAUUUUAGACCAUAAAAGGUCAGGUCAAGCAGUGCUUUUAAUUUCAGCCCAUUCAAAUUAUUCUUUCUUAGCUCAGCCAGUUCCGAACCAUUUUGUGAAAAUAUUGACCUCUGAUAUUUUACUUAGAGAUCUUGCAUACAUAUAAAAUUAUUUUGAAGUUGUUAUUAUUGUAUUAAUAUUAUUUUAUAGUUUGUCUCUCAUUGCUAUUAACUAUUCAUCCUAACUUUUGGUCAUAAUUUAAUAUUGUAUCUAAGCAAAAUGAUACAAUAAACUUAUUAAAACAGUGCUAAUAUUUGGGAAAGAGGUGGCGUGGGAAAAAAUCAGUGUUGCAUGGACUUGUGCACAACAUUUUUUCCAUGGCUUCUUUCUUACUCCUGCUAUUCACAUGUGAAUACCAGUAAUCAUGUGUUUAGAUUAUUGCUGGAAAUGCUUUGUUGCCUAGAUUUAAUAUCUAAGACCACUGUAUUUCUUAGUUAGUAGUCUGUGAAUAUACAUAAGUUUAUAUGAAAAGACAUCCUUGUUAUUGAAAUUAAUUGAUAAAAUAUUUAUUGCAAGCAUAUUUUCAAAACAUGUAACAUCUUGUUUAACACCAGGGAACAUUUAUCAAAUUCCAAGAACAGAUGUACAAUGUAAAAAUGUUGUUCUGUUACAUCAUAGCACUUACCAUGUGUAUGGAAAACCCAGAAAUUUCGGGAAGAAUUCAAAUGGAACGGUUCAUGAAGGUGGAAAUUUUCUGGAAAAAGUAAUACUUUUCGAGGUAUUUCCUUUUCCCUGUUCUUACCAAAACGACCAAAAUUUUCUGUAACAUUUGUUUGGAUUACCAGUGCUAGGCUUCAUGUCGAGAGAAAGUGAAAAAUUUACCGGUAUUUUAUUUUUGUAAAUGGUACAACUCAAUCCUGUUCGUGUUUUCAGCACCAAAAAAAAUACCAGUACCAUUUGACAGAAAUUUUUCAAUAAAAUUUCCAAACAAAUGGUAAGCACUCCAUGUAAUAUCUCGUAUUUCAUUGUAAAUAAGACACUAUUCGCAGUUUCAUCAUGACGUAAUAGGCAUUGAUAAUGAUAUUAUUGGUUUUUUCACCUGAAAGCCAGUCUUGUUUAGGGUUACAUGUUUGCAAUGCCAUCUGGGUUUCUAGUAUUAGCCAUGGUCAUUUACUGUGUCAUCUGGUGCAUGUUUCCUUGAAUAUACAGGAAGUGAUGGCCUGUUUUAGUUACUUAGAGGUAAAGAAAAAAUAUGAACAGCUGUAGUUACUGUGAUCUUGAUGGUCAUAUUAUGAAUUUUGAUCUUUGCAGUUCUGGAGUGGAAAUUCAAAAACUAAGUAUAAUAAACAAUUUACCAAGAUUACUUGAGAAAAACAGUGGUGAUGUCAAUAGAAGGAUACUUCCUGUUCUAAGGGUAAGUUGCCUUUAUAGAAUAAUAAUUGUGCAAAAGAUUUAAUGUUUUUCUUGUGGCUUAAGCCUCACAGUUGUUUGAAGCUUUUACGUGUAACUGUAUUUGUAGCAAAAACUUUUCUUUAGAAAUAGCAGGCCAGAAUAAACUAUAAAUUCAAACAAACACUGGGAAACCACCUGUGUGGAAAUCUUGUGCAUAAACAUAAAAUUAUAAAAUCUGACAUGGUGGGAGCAUGACCCGCCUCAAACUAUAUCCAAAUGUACUGAACAGAUGAAAAAGAGUGGAAAAAUUGCCUCUCCUCAAAUCACAGCCCAUAUUUUCUGAAGCAUCCCAAGUGGAAUGAUGCAUACCAUUUGACUUUCGAAGUGGAGUUUUCAGUUUUCCUGUGUAAAUUGUAAGAACCCUGGGUCUUCAAGACCCAGUUUGAAUUAAAUGCUGGGGCAUUUAAUUGAGAAUGUACAAUACAUGCACUUUUUUCCUGUUUCCAAUAAUUCCUUAAAACCACACUGCUUCUUAACUCUUGGAAAAUUGUGGUGUUUUAGGAAUACCUAUAUAUUGCUCCACUUCAUGUCCAACUGGAAGCUACCAAGUCUUUUUCAAGCAUUAUUGAAAAUGGAACAAUACAAGCCUAUAUGUUUGCCUCAUCUCUUUUACCAAUUAUAUUACAUAAUCUGGACAGCAGAGAUACAGGUACCUUAAUUAUUUGUCUGUAAAGUAUUUCAUAAAUCAUGUUGAUAUAAUCGUUAAAGGACAUUAUUAGUCAUGGAGCUCACACAGCCAGUUUGAGGUUUUUGUACUGUAGUUACUUUAGCAAGAAGCACCUAAGAGUGUUUUCUGUACUCUCCAUCGGACGGGACCUGCUAGUCCUUUACAGUGUUACCUCUGUAGUAUGUUGCUGGUACUGGUUUUACACCUGGGUGAAGGUAAAAAGAGUCAAGCCAAGGUUUUAGUUAAAAGAAACAAUACAAUAACAAUGCACAUAUAUUAACCCAGAUCUACAAGAUGAAAAGUUUGACAUGUUAACUGCUCAACCACCACUCCUUAGUAUAUCAAACAUGAGAUGAGGUAUUGUUAUAUCUGGUUCGAGAUGCCAAGAAGUGGGUCGGAAAAAAAUAAGACCGACUUUGGGGUAUCUGGGUAUCAGAUGAAAUGCCUUGAAAUAGCUUCGUAGACGAACCAUAAAUCUUGGUGAUGUUUGACAUCAAAGUUCAUAAAACUUUGUUCCAAACCUGCCUCAUUGCAAUGAUGGCCUCUCUUUAUGAAUUAUUCCUUAGUUCUUUGAAGUAUGCAUGUUAAAUUUGUAACCCAGCUUAAUAUCCUUUCUUUAAUUUCAGUUGUAUCCAAUGCCUGGCUUCAAACUCUCCUGACUUCAAUUGAUUUUCUUCCAAAAGAUGUCAUUAAAAGAGAGGUCUGCAAUACUUGUACAAUUGCUUAAAUAAUAUUGUUAAUAAUGCAAAGUAACUUAAUGAUAAGAGAAUAGGUAAAACAAGGAUUGCUUCCUAUUUGUCACAAUUCACUGGCUAGACUAAUCAGUUCUGUUGGUGAAAUAAUAUGGCGUCAGUCCAUUCAGUCGAUGCAUGCUGUAAGGUAUUUUCUGGUCUGCCUUGGUGCAGGUAGCUAAUUCCAACAUAUAGCAAAAUGUUGGAGAUGUUUGUCUUAGAUUCCAUGGUUAGCUGUCAAUAAAGAAAAAUUGUGAUUGCUGUUACAUAUGGCAACCCAUGGGUGAAAUCCAGUCAUCAGACCAAAAUUUACACAAACCAGCCAUCGAUCACAUCUAACUUUGACAUGUUUACAUUAUUUUGGUUACAUGUUUCCUGAACUGUCUUGGAGUUAGUCUUGAUAAAUGUUAACUUCGUUGUAAUAAGCUCCAAUUCAGAAAGCCAAUAAUGAUCAUUAAUGUAUUUUUAACAUAUUACAUAUAUAUACUGGAAUUAACAUUUGACAGGUCCUGGGAAUCGCGAUCUCCAAAGGACAACUGUCACAGUCAGUGAACUGUAGGCUUGCAAGUUGCAAACUCCUUGGAAAAAUUGCUCCAAAGUUUGAAACUUACUGGUAUGUAGAUGACUUUUAAUCUAGUGGGUAUCCUGUGCUAGCUGUUGCAUGUAGUCAGGCAACAUCCCUACCCCCUCCCCCAGCUCUUAGGGACAGCUCUGUUGGCCAAUAAAUGUCUCAGUCAAAGAGAAAUUUAUAUUUCAGUACCAGUUGGUAGGUAAUUACAAUUCUUUUAGAAUUAUAAAAUUUAGAAGAAGAAGCAUUCCAUGAGAAUACUAGAAGAUAUAUGCAUGUACACCAUUAUAGCAUUUUUAUGAUUUCUCUGCAGGAUAAAGAAGGAACUAAUGGCUCUGGUGGCAUCAUUAUGUCAAGACGUGGACUAUGAAGUCAGGGCUUGCAUGUGUCAGCAGCUAGAAACUAUAGCAAGAGCUCUUGGGUAAGAUUUUGAUUUGCUAAGCUGCAGUUUUGAUCACCAAUAAUGUGACAACACAGUUAAAUUGUUUUAUAGUUGUAUUAUGUGCUCAUUUGAUCAUAUACCUGUGUUAAAAUAAGCCAUAGAAGUAUUUAAUAGUAUCAUUAAAUUAUUAUUAACUCUGCCCCUUACAUUUGGCACUUAUUGUUUGUCGUUUUCUUUCCAGAUCGGAUUUAGAAAAGAGACCCUGUAAAAAGUCUGACCUUCUAAUUUACACAGUUUUAUUUUAUUUUAGUUUUUUAUUGAAAAUGUUGUUUUUAUUUGAUUUGUAUUUCUUUUUAACAGGCUGGAAAGUACACAAAGUAUAAUAAUCCCAGAGCUUGUUGAGCUAACAAAUGAUGAAGAGACAAGUGUUAGACUAGCAGGACUGGAAACCAUCACAAACUUACUGAGUCUUCUUGAUGAUGGUGAGCUGGCCAAUGAUGAGAAAUGAAGUAAACUAACAACCUGUAAUAUACAAACCAAUGUGGCUGAACCAUACCAUAUUAAUAUCCGUACUAUAGACUCCUCUCUACAUGUACAGAUCUAUGUGGUACAAACUUUCGACUCUUAACCUUUGUGUGCCUGUUUUCCUUGCACUGUGAAUCAAUGUUAUAUUAUUGAUAAUAAUUAUUGAUAAAAAAAUCAAUGUUUUCAAUAUUAGUCUACACCAACAGUAAUUAUUAAUUAGUUGAGGUUCACCAAUGUAGUUGUACUGUCUGCUUUCCACCCAGUAUUCUUCUUCUCAAAGAGUAAAAACCAAACCUGUGUGAUGACAAACUAUGGUCUGUGUGUUGUAAACAUGCAUCCACUUUUGUAAUGAGUUGCAUGUAAGUGUCACUGGUUCCCUUUUACAAUUGACCUGUUUCAUUUUUGUUUUUUUCUUUACAGAUACCUGUACUGCUGUUAUAAUACCAUUGGUUCAAAAAUUCUGUGAUGAAAUUCCUAAGCAGUGUUCAGAUUCACUUCUCAUGGUGGCAAAGUUGUUUGGAAAACUUUCAUAUGGAUUGUCAGGUAAAUCUAAGGAGGCUUGUUAUCUUGCUUUUUUGGCCAAAGUCAAUAAACUGAAAUAUGGUCAAACGUUCAGUAAGAGGACACCCCUUUCGGUCACGUGACCUAUAUCCAGUUCCCAGUGGUGUGUGAGAAAAAACAUUUUCCACUUAUUUUGUUACACUCAGCCAGUGGAAAAUUACCCUUAAAUGCAUUUAAAAUUGACAUGUGUGUGUACAUCAGUGGAUCCAUGACUGGGUGUCACCUUACAGGAGGUGUCCUUGCAGGGCUCUCAUUAGCGGCUAGGGGUGGGGGUUUCCUCGGCUAUAAUAAACGUUACCCCCGCCUACUUUUAUAGGAAAAUAGAAGAAAAAUAGAACCAAACAAAAUCCCUAGCUGUUGGAUUCCCUGCCUACUUGUAUCACUAGCCCGGCAACUUGAAAUUUUAUUCACAGCCCUGUAUCCUUGAGUGGAGUGCUCCACUGUACAAUCUAUGCAAUGACUUUUCAGCUUAUGAGUAGUAGGCUUGCAGCUUACAUGCUUCUUUGUGUGCUUGCUGACUAAGUUACCUUUCUUGAUUACAGUUAACCUUGAUGACACUAAGAAGAAGUGGUUUUUGGAAUUUUACAAAAGGAUGUGCUUCUGUGGCAAUCCCAAUAAAAACAAUAGAGUGGGCAGUGUUACACUAGCCCUUAAGGUAGGGUAAAAGAACAUUUCUGCCAAAGUGGGGCAACUUAUAGAUUGUGUGAUGUUAUAAUGCACAUUUGAUUUUUUUUUUUCUCAUGUAGACUUCUUGCAGCUUAAUUUGCUCUUUGCUAUUUUCAGAGUUCUGUUUUGUCUGGUGCGACUAUUGACGAUGAUCCUGAGGCAGAAUGUCGAAGAUGUUGUGCUUUUAACUUUCCAGUAAGUCACCUAACCUAUAACAUGCACUUUCAGUGGCAUACUGCAUUAUAUACACAUGGUUCGAUUUUAGUUUGAGGAACAUACAGUUUUCUGUUAUGUCACACUUGUUGGCGUAAUGCUGUUCCACUAAGUAAAAUGAGCACCAUUGAUAAAGCCCCUUCCCAUCUUCUCUGACACUUGUUUAAAUUAGAGUUUACUGACCAAUACCUACAGUGGUAUUCUGUAUUUCCCCCCCUUUUUUUUUUCCUAGGCCAUGCUACUAUUUUGUGGUGCAUCAGGAUUUCAAGCUGAACUCGCUGCCACAUUUCACUCGCUUGUAGAGGAUCCCCAUGCUCUAGUCAGAAGAACUAUUGCAUGUGGAUUUCAUGAGGUGUGAACAAAAUUAUGUCAUGUAGUUUGUUUGUUUGUUUGUUGUAAUCUAACCUGAGCUGCACAGAAACGCACUUGUUGCUUUGGGUAUGUUUUUUGCAUGGAUAAGAUGUAGUGAAGACUGUCGUUUAUGUGGUUGUCAGUGGAGGAUAAUGCCCUGUCAUAUUUU